AUGAGCGAGAAAGAACCGGAUCACACGUCCGAGACCGGCAGCACGUUUUCUGCCGCCGCGGACCAAAUUGGGGGCCUGAGGCACCGAUAUGGCGCGAACUUGGCCCCAGAAGAUACUCAGGACGAAGUAGCCCUGGAGCGCAUCAACACAUAUCGGUUGCAGCAGCAGGAGACUGUCGGGUCGAGUACGCACCGGGUUCGGACGCCACGGGAGCAAUGGCUGCCCAUGGGUGCUGGGAAGCCGUUUCCUCCUAGUAUGCCUGAUGCGGAGGAGUAUGUGGUUGAGUUUGAGGGAUCGGAUGAUCCAAUGCAUCCUCAGAAUUGGCCGUUCAAGAGGAGAGUGCUGCUAGGAUCGCUGCUCACCUUUUGCGCUCUCAUGACCUCUUUCGAAAGUGCUGCAUUCCCCGUCACUGUGUCGUUCGUUGGCAAGGAAUUUGGAUUCGGUCAGGAAGUAGGUGCCCUGGGUACCACGCUGUAUGUCCUGGGUUUCUCCGCAGGGCCUGUGUUCUGGGCUCCUACCUCGGAGCUAUAUGGCCGUCGAUGGCUUCUUGUUGUUGGGUUUUUUGGAUUCAGUCUUUUCACAAUUGCCUGCGCAACGUCUAAGGAUACACAGACCCUGAUGCUGUGCCGUUUCUUUGCUGGUUUGUUCGCUGCUAGUCCGGUGACGCUCGUUCCAGCGAGUUUGUCGGACUUGUUUAAUAAUACGCACCGUGGAAUUGCCAUUGCCAUGUACACCCUGGCUAUGUUCAUGGGACCAUAUACCGCACCGUUUGUCACAGGUUACAUCUCAUACAGCUACCUGGGCUGGCGAUUUGUGUUUUACAUCCCAGCCUUUGUCAGUUUCUUCAACGUGCUCCUGCUUAUUACCUUUGCACAAGAGACCUACGCGCCCAUCGUUCUCGUGCACAAGGCUGGACUUCUCCGUCGCCAAACACAGAAUUGGGCCAUCCACGCCCGACAGGAAAAGAUCGAAGUCACCAUCAAGGAACUCAUCACCAAGAACCUGGCCCGUCCCUUCCGCAUCCUCUUCACCGAGCCGAUUGCCUUCCUAGUCACCGUUUACAUGUCGUUCAUCUACGGAUUAGCCUAUGCCCUGCUCGAGGCCUAUCCCGUUGUCUUCUCAGGCGUGUACGGCAUGAGCGGCGGUAAUGCGGGCUUGCCGUUCAUUGGUCUGAUUGUUGGACAAAUGCUCGCUUGCGCGUUCGUGCUGUCUUUCCAGAGACCUUAUAUCCGGAAACUGGCAGCGAACAACAACGUUCCUGUUCCGGAAUGGCGCUUGCCGCCGUGUAUCAUUGGCGGUAUCGCAUUCUCUUUUGGUUUGUUCUGGUUCGGCUGGACAGGCUGGACCACCUCGAUCCACUGGAUAGUGCCCAUCGUCGCAGGUGGAAUGGUCGGUUUCGGUAUCAUCACCAUCUUCAUGCAAUGCUUCAACUACCUCCUUGAUACCUAUCUUCAAUUCGCCGCCUCCGCCUUCGCCGCAAACACCAUGAUGCGAUCCUGCGUCGGCGCCGUAUUUCCCCUCUUCGCAACACAAAUGUUUGAGAACCUAGGCAUUCAAUGGGCAGGAACCCUGUUAGGAUGUAUUGCCGCUAUCCUCGUGCCUAUUCCAUUGGCGUUCUUGGUUUGGGGCCGACUUCUCCGCAGGAAGAGUCGGUUGGCUCCUACUGAUGAUGGGCCUGGGGAUGGAAGUUCCCCGGCUUAA